AUGGAUCAGGACGAAAGCUUUCGCAUCAAGGGCAAAGGACCCUGCAUUGCAGAGCGCACCGAAACGCAAGAGAGUUUUGGAGUACCUUACAGAAAUAAGAUACUUACUACGCGGGCGAAUCUCAUGAAGAAAUUUCUGUGGAAGGAACUUCUAGAUGAAUACAAUCGACAGAAUUUAGUUGUACCUGAUUUGGGACCCAAUCACACUGAAUAUUUUGAGAACUUCUGCAAAGAUAAGCCGCCAGAGGACGAGGAGCGUUUGGAAUUGCGUAUUAACAAAUAUCCUCUGUAUUGUACCACGCCCAUAACUCUUUGGAAUCAUGAGGGCGAUCCUACGAAAACUUUUAGAGUUAAAUAUUCCAUAACCAGGCCAUUGCAGGAAUGUACUGAGAAGUUUGGACAGUAAAUAGAAAUUCACGUUAUUAUUUAGUUCAGUUUGAAUGUUUUGUGUGAAAUUUUGCAUUACUAUAGCAACGAGCUUAUGCGUAAAUUAAAUACAGUUUAGUUUAAGUUAA